AUGAAGUUAUUAGUGAUUUUAUCGCUCGCGGCUCUUGCCAGUGCUCAUAAUCCAGCUUCGAAGCUGGUAAAGAACAUUUAUAAAGAAUGUUUGAGUCAGUAUUCCGUAGAGUGUGUGAAACCGAGAACCCUGGAAUGGAUUUCGCAAGUUGCUAACGAUGACGAGAUCAAGAUCACGGAUAAUCUUUCGAUUGUCAAGAUGGGAACCCUGGAAGAAGACGGUGACGUCGACCCAAGGAUGGCUAAGGACCCUACUUACGCCAUGUUCGACAAAGUAGACCGCUUUCUCCAAACUCAUACCCUCCGAGUGAAAGUGCCUGAUGAGAUUCUUAACAGUGCUGCCUCCGAAUAUGUACCUAGGUCUCUUCUUACAGACUUGCCUUCUGAAUUAAGCAUGCCCUUAGAUGGCGAAGAAGAGGUCGAGACUUUCGAAGGUAGAAAGAAGAAAAUCAAGCUCCCCAAGCCUUUGAGGAUCAAGAGCAAACAUGGUUUUAUUAAGAAGGUGGUGUUGCCUUUCCUUCUCGGUUUGAAGUUCAAGACAGCCGUCCUCGUGCCGUUAGCUCUUGCAAUGAUCGCUCUGAAGACGUGGAAAGCACUCACUCUUGGUCUCAUCUCCCUUGUUCUUUCCGGUGCCAUGGUCAUCUUCAAAUUCACGAAGCCUAAGGUUGUGAACUACGAAGUCAUCCACUACCCUCAGCACCAUGUUGAACAUCAUGUAGACCACCACGCUCCUGGCUGGGACUCUCAUGGUCCUUACCAAGCCCGAUCGUACGAAGACGCUCACGAAAUCGCCUACUCCGGCCAAAUUUAA